AUGGCUCCAGCCACCUCUUCGCCUUCCGCUCAGAGGCAUGUAGGCUUCAGCCGCCGCACGCAGGCGCCGUGCCAGCUUCAGGACUCGCGUCGCCAGCUCCACGACGACUCGCCGCCGGCUAAGAAGUACCGGAUGAUGUCGGACAUAAUGGCGCGCGCUCGGUAUGCGGUGGUGGAGAAAGAGACUUACAGUGACCUGUUGUGCGAGCAAUGUGGCUCCGGAGAGCUGUCGGAGGAGCUGCUUCUCUGCGACAAAUGCGACAGAGGCUUCCACAUGAAAUGUGUGAGGCCGAUUGUCGUUAGGAUUCCGAUUGGAUCGUGGCUUUGUCCUCAGUGCCAGGGAGGGAAGAGAGUCCGGACUUUCUCGCAGAAGAGGAUAAUUGAUUUCUUCGGGAUUCGAAGGAGUUCUUUUGAUGCUAACGACAAGCGUUCUUCUCAGGAUGCCAAGAAGCGUCGGAAACGUUCAAGACCUCUGGUGUUACAUAAGAAAAAAAGGAGAUUGUUACCAUAUGUUCCUACAAAAGAUCCAACCCAGAGAUUAAAACAGAUGGGUUCUCUUGCUUCUGCCUUAACAGCAUUAAAUAUGGAAUUCUGUGAUCAACUCACAUACUUGCCUGGAAUGGCUCCUAGAUCUGCUAAUCGAGCGGCCCUGGAAAACGGUGACAUGCAGAUUCUUUCCAAGGAAGACAUGGAAACCGUAGAACACUGCAUUGCCAUGUCUAAACGAGGCGAAUUUCCUCCCUUUAUGGUUGUUUAUGAUACGCGUCAAGGCUAUACUGUUGAGGCUGAUGACCUAAUCAAGGAUAUGACAGUUGUUGCUGAAUACGCUGGUGAUGUGGAUUACCUUUACCACCGGGAACGUGAUGAUUGUGACAGCAUGAUGACCCUUCUUCUUGGAAGAGAAAGUUCUCAAACUCUUGUUAUCUGUGCUGAUAAACGUGGAAACAUCGCUCGCUUUAUCAGUGGCAUAAACAAUCAUACACAGGAAGGUAGGAAAAAGCAAAACUGCAAAUGUGUGAGAUACAACGUCGAUGGUGAAUGCAGGGUCUUUUUGGUUGCUACUCGUGAUAUUUCUAAGGGAGAAAGGCUUUAUUAUGAUUAUAAUGGUUAUGAGUAUCAAUACCCUACUCAUAAUUUUGUCUGA